GUCAAGGGAAGAGAAGGCAUCACGCCUUUGCAUUUUGUAUGUCAAUCUGGUGACGGUAAUGAAAACAUCAAACUUUUAAUUGACUUGCUUGAAGUCUGUCCAGAUUCUAUUAAAGACGUGAAUGUGAGAAAUGAGACUGCACUCCAUAUUUCGCUCAUAAAUGGAAAUUUUAGAGCCUUGCGAAAACUGGUUGGCUGGCUCAUGACCAGUGCCGGUAAGGAUGCUUAUUCUAUAGAGCGUUCCGUCUUGAACUGGAAGGAUUCAGCUGGCAACACUAUUUUGCACAUAGCAGUACUCAUUGGUAACAAACAGGCUUUUGAUUUCUUGAGAAAAGUGGUGAGGAUAGAUGCCAAGAAUUUGGAGAACCAAACAGCAUUAGACUUGGCUGAAGCUCGUCAUCUUUUGUCAACCAGGGACAGAACAUUAUUGAAUGUUAAAGCAAAACUUGUUUCCAAUAUACUAGUUAAUAAUGAUUUCAACGGUGAAAUUACGCUAAAAAAGUCCGAGUUUUUUCUGAUUGAAUAUAUUUUAACAUCAGGGCAUCGCAUCACAGCGCAAAUAAGUGAAGAACAACGCAACGCUUACAUGGUAGUUGGUACUCUGAUUGCAACCGCAAUUUAUCAAACGGUUCUGAGUCCCCCUGGUGGGCUGACACAGGCUCAGGGUAGCGACAAUAAUAAUCUUGUAAACGCUACUUCAUCCCUCAAUUCUACUGCAGCUGGGAAAAUUGUGAUGCCACACAAAGUUUACUCUGUUGUUAAAUCAUUAAACGCUUGCAUCUUUGUGGGUGGGGUUAUUAUCAUUUACCUGUUGAUGCCAAAACCAUCACAUGUAUUCUCCUCUUUGGCAUGUAUGUUACUUUUGAUCUUUAUUGCAAGCUACUUUGUUUCUGAGUCAGUGAUAUCACCGUAG